AUGAAAGAAAAAUCGAAAAAUGCUGCCCGGACUCGACGGGAAAAGGAAAAUAGUGAAUUCUAUGAGCUGGCCAAGCUGUUGCCUUUACCUUCUGCCAUCACGUCUCAGCUUGAUAAAGCUUCAAUUAUUCGACUCACAACAAGUUACUUGAAAAUGAGAAUUGUUUUUCCUGAAGGGCUGGGAGAGUCCUGGGGCCACGUGAGUCGGACCAGAUCUCUGGAUAAUGUUGGGCGAGAGCUGGGAUCACAUCUGUUACAGACGUUGGACGGGUUCAUUUUUGUGGUUGCUCCGGACGGGAAAAUAAUGUACAUAUCUGAAACAGCAUCGGUCCAUUUGGGCUUAUCACAGGUAGAGCUGACGGGAAAUAGUAUUUACGAGUACAUCCACCCCGCUGACCACGACGAAAUGACAGCCGUGCUGACAGCUCACCAACCCUGCCACUCGCACUUUGUCCAAGAAUAUGAAAUGGAACGUUCAUUCUUUUUGAGAAUGAAAUGCGUCCUCGCGAAAAGAAAUGCUGGUCUGACAUGUGGUGGAUACAAGGUGAUCCACUGCAGCGGGUACCUAAAGAUCCGUCAGUACAGUCUGGACAUGUCUCCAUUUGAUGGCUGCUAUCAGAACGUGGGCUUGGUGGCGGUGGGCCACUCUCUACCCCCGAGCGCUGUCACUGAAAUCAAACUACACAGCAACAUGUUCAUGUUCAGAGCCAGCCUGGAUAUGAAGCUCAUCUUCCUUGACUCCAGGGUAGCUGAGCUGACAGGCUAUGAGCCCCAGGAUCUUAUAGAGAAGACGCUUUAUCACCAUGUCCAUAGCUGUGACUCCUUCCACCUGAGAUGUGCACACCACUUGUUGCUGGUGAAAGGUCAAGUGACCACUAAGUACUAUAGGUUCCUGGCUAAGCAGGGUGGCUGGGUUUGGGUCCAGAGCUAUGCCACCAUCGUACACAACAGCCGUUCCUCCAGACCCCACUGUAUCGUCAGUGUCAACUACGUCCUCACGGAUACUGAGUAUAAAGGACUCCAGCUGUCUCUGGACCAGGUGACAGACACCAAGCCCUCCGUCCCCUUCAGCAGUGCUCCCACCAGCCUCACUGUGAACCGCAGAGCACCCAAGAGCAGAGUGUCCCGAGCCAAGGCCAAGGCUCGACUCUCCCCCUACACCCAGUACGCUGGUUUCCAGGCUGAGCGUUCAGAGUCGGACCAGGAUAGCCCUUGGGCAGGAUCUCCCCUCACAGACUCCGCUUCCCCUCAGCUGCUGGAGCAGGGGGAGGGGCUUGGCACCUCCUGUGCCUACAGGCAGUUCUCCGAGCCACGUCCCCUCUGCUACAGCCUCCCAAUCACUGAGGAGCAACACCACCACCACACCCCCAGCGACAGCCACUCCCACCUCGACACACACGGCCACAAGCAGACGUGCGAGCGGGGCCGCUGUGAGGCAGGGAGGUACUUCCUGGGUGCUCCCCAGGGUGGGAGAGAGGCGUGGUGGGGAGCUGCCCGCUCUGUGCUGCCCCUGGUCAAGAACUCAUCCCUGGAGAAUGGAGAGGGAUAUGAGAGCAGUGUGCCCCACAUCACAUCCAUCCACAGUCUGCAUAACCGUGGCCAAUGGGACCAGGACAGUGUGGUCAGCUCGCCAGACGGGGGCUCCGCCAGCGACUCUGGGGACCGUUACCACGCAGACUACUUCCGGGUCAGCCCCCAGGAGCCGAGCAAGAUCGAGACCCUGAUCCGAGCCACGCAGCAGAUGAUCAAGGAGGAGGAGAAUCGUCUGCAGCACCGCAGCAAGCUCCACCCAGGACCUGACACUCCUCUAGGGCCUGCCAACGGCCUCCCGAAGGGCCCCGGCCCCUGCUUCACCACCGACUACCCCCAGGGGGUGCUACAGAGUGUGUUGUGCCGUGGCCUGGGUCAACUGGGUCAGGUGAUCAGCCCCGGAUCAAGCCCUGCCCCUCUCUCCAGGCUCAGCAGCCCAGGGUCUGACCACUACCUCCCCAAGCCCAAAAACUACCUCCAGCAGGCAGGACAGUCAGACCUGUCCCCUCUCUCCCAGCCCCUCCACCACCAGCUUGGCCGUCCAGGCCCCUGCACAUCCUCCUCCCCUACCCCUACCCCUGCCCCGGCCCUCUACCCUUCCCACCCCCAAACCCAAAUGGGGAGGCCUUAUCUGGACAAGCAAGCUGCUACCUACUCCCUGACGGGCUACGCUCUGGAGCACCUGUAUGACCCAGAGAGCCUCAGGGACUUCUGUUCCUCCGCUGGCUCCACCCACUACGACGUGACUUCACACCUGCGCAUGCAGGCAGAGCAGGGGCCGGGACACAAGGGGACCUCCGUCAUCAUCACCAACAGCAGCUAA